AUGGCAAUCACAAAGCUCCAGCAAUCUGCCCCCAAUCAAUUCCAACAACUGAUUUCCGCGUGCGGGAACGAUUCGAAGCAAAUCCAAGAUACCUAUGAGGAGCACAGGUCCAAUCGCAAUGCCAAGUUCAGGGAAAAGCUACUGAGUCCUGGCUUCCGCGAAUGGCAGUUUGACGACAUCCUGGGAAAUAUCCUGAAAGCAGAAAGGGGAUUAAUCCAAUACGAAGACCCAAGAAACAACAUGUCCUUAUUGGCACGGCCACCGAAGCAUAUCUGCGAGCUGGUUUACGAUAUUCAGCAGGAAAUCGCACCUAUAGCUGGCCCGUGCCUUUGGCUUGCGCCUCAAGAUUAUCUCCAUAUAACCACAUCCGAGUUGAUCAAUGCCAAGACUAGAACCGAAGUGGAUGAGAUGAUGUCAAUUUUCCAGCAGAAGCUUCCUCUUGAAGAAAUUGUGAACUACACACUCACCAACAGUCCUAGGCUUGUUCGGCCAAUUGUCAGUUACGAUGCUACGGCUAUUGCAUUGAGCUUUGUCCCUGCCGCCGAGACAGACAAAGAUACGUAUACUUAUCACCACCUGCGACGGGAUAUUUGGGACAUUGUGUCCGAGUCUGGGUGUCAACUGGGGGCUAGAUACAUUGUUCCUUCGGCCCACGUGACUAUUGCACGGUAUGCCAUGCCUCCAGGUGCAGAUCAACAGAAGGAGCUGGAUAAUCUAUGUAUGAAAGUAGCUGGGUUAAUCGAGAAAAUUGAGGAUAUAAACCAGGAGUUGAGGUCCGGGGAUUGGAAACGAUUUGGAAGCCCUUCGAGGGGAGUGUGGGUGGUGGGACAGGAACAAGGAUUGCAGUUAAACCAUGGUCAAUCUUGGUAUGGAAACGGAGAAGUGGCAUUGACCGGUAAGGGGCUCUAG